AUGCCUAUGCCGGGUCCAAGGCUAGCUUCGACCAUCUCCGUAAGGGAGACGAAAGACAUGCAACCGAGCCUGCUCGAAGAGCGGAGAUCAUGGGUACGGCGAGGUCGAGAGGUCAAGCUCGACAUCUUUCUCUCGCUGGCAGAGGAAGUGAUGCUGGAACUGUUUGAAGUCGGGCCACCGUUACCUCCGUCCAACUACAGCUCGCAGGAGAUACUACAGGCGCUGGAUGAGCGAUUCACCGUGUUCAACUUUUCUGGAUACCACCACGCGUUCUGCCACUUCCUGAACUUGCACAUCGAUCAAUAUGCAAGCAUCGAAGAUUUCAACAGCGAGUUCACAACGGUACUGGAAGAUCUGACCGAUUACGGUCAUCCACUUUCUAAUACCCAAGCAUGUUCCGCCUACUUUUCAAAGCUCCGAUGCACCCAGAAUCCAUGGGUCGCAAAGAAAUUGGAUGAAUGGGACACACUGCCAGCAGUACCUGAUAUCUACGAGCUUAUGCGAGAAUCACUGCCAUGGGCAUGCAUUCGACCACUGCGCAAGUCGUCUCAAAGCCUUCCUGCACCACCGAUAUCAGAAGAUCACCUAGGAGAUACUUGGAGUCAUCUCCACAGCGAAAUACCGGGGCUUUCGGAUAGUAAAACUGCAUCAUCCGACGGCUCUCACUCAAGGCAGCUCUCUAAACAAGUAACUCAUUCUCAGAUGAUCGAUGGGCAGGUCUCAAACGAGGAUAUCGAACUCGACCCACAGGACUUGCGUGAAGCAAUCGAGAAGCUUCUCACCUCUGCCGAAGCUGAGCAUUCCAGCUUGAAGAUUGAUGCACUAGCAACAUCAGUAUGCGCCACCCCAGACUGGUUGAACGCACAGCAGAAGGUUGCCCCGAGGACACUGUCAAUACCAGGACCACCGCCUCCUACUGCGUCGCGGGCUCUUCACAAAACUUCCACCACACGCGCACGAUCCGCAUCCCCGCGUCUUCCAUCCAAUUUGUCUAGAAGCUUGUCACAAGCAAGUCUGACAGUACCAACAACGAUGACACGUCCACACACAGUAGAUAUACCACAUAACAUAGCCAGGUCAUCCCAAAGUCUCCCACCAGUACGGUCAAGAACACCAACAUAUCCACCGCCCCCACUGUCAGACCACCCAGCUUUUCGAGACAACCCCUUUCUUCUAACAGAGCAGGCUCAAAGAGACUUAGUUUCCACAGACUACUUCAGCAGACCACAACCAGAACGCAGAGAUACUGUACAACCUCAUUCCACAGCACUGUAUUCGCCGUACCAGCAAUCCGUCUAUUCGUCAAGCAACAGCAGUGCAAUGAGCUUGCCACUGCAAGGAACCAGCGAGUCAUCAUGGUGCUACACAAAGGAUGACGGAGAAGACAUCCAAGACCGCUCCAUACCACUCAUCACGUCGUCUAUGUUCCUCCAACGUCGGAACCCAGACAUUACCACCCAGCAAAGCAAGGCAUCUCUACAAUCCUCAGCCGCGGACAUUGCUGCUCUACCAUCCUUUACCUCAGAUUUGGGCAACUUGAUCCCGCCGCUACCAAAAAGGAACAUCCUGCGUAAAGCGUCAUCUAGUAUGGACAUACUAAAACGGCUUAGUGGGGACAGCCUCCUCGAGUCGAGCGACGAAGUACGGGAACGCGAGGAGAAGAAGAAUAAGAGGGAGAAAGAAAGGAAGGGUACCAGCUGGAAUAUUGGGGUUAAUAUUGCGAGGUUCACACAUAGUAAGGGUGUUAAGUAG